AUGUACGUCUCUAUUCUGUACUGCCUGAUAGCAGCUUUUGGAGCUGUUUCAGGUAAACUUCAACCCAUUUGCCAGCCUUCAAAUAGCAGCCAUGGAGCAAGCCCUAAGCUUCCAACGCUGCCCACAGCUUUUUCAACACUUGUGGAAGUGAACAUUGUUAACGAGAACUACUCAGCACUUUUCAAGGAGUACUAUGAUCAGGAAGCUGACAAGGGCAGGAUUGAACAAACAAAAGAUGGACAAACGUACAUGGAUAUCUACGACUACGCAUUGGACGAGGUACUUCACGUAAAUUUGAGCUCCAAAACCUGUACAGUUACCCCUGCUUCUCACCCUGAAAAGGGCCAUUUUCACUUCAGCUUUUUUGACUUUGGCUUUGGCGCGCAUAUCGAAAGCGUGUCUCAGUUGUUCAAGUUUGGAAGUCAGUAUAACGAAACUUACUUGGGUGUUUCCUCUGUGCGUGGAAUAAGGUGAGCUUAAACCUUUUUUGGCUGUCAGAGGGGCAAAUCAUCUUUGACAAGCUUAAUGCACACGUAAGUGAUGGUGACACAUCCAAAUAUCAAAAAUGUGCCAUUACAUAAUACGCUUACACUUGUAUCGUUUGCUCACGCUGAAAUGCACGCGAAUGGUUAGUGUAAACUUUAAAGAUAACAGAGAGAACUUCAAUUUAAUUUAUAAUUUACAAUCAGUAUUUGUUCCUACCGAAAUUAUGUGUGCAGAUUACUGAUGUCUGACAAAUAAUUAAACAAGAUAAGGAAAUAGCUUUGCCCCAAAGACCCAAAUAGUGAGCUCCAAGGAUAUCUGAAGAGUGGGUCAUGAUCUGUUACUGAUAAACAAAUAAUAUUAUCAACUUCCUACAUUCAAGGCCCUUGAUAUUGACAUAUUAAGAGCUUUGUGUUUUAGUGUUUUUUUUUUAAACAAUAAUAAAAAUUAUUAUUAUUAUUAUUAUUAUUAUUAUUAUUAUUAUUACUUUGCAACUUUGUGUCAACUGAAGUUAAUAUCAAAUCUUGUAAGGAAGUAUUUGAAGAAAAGAGUUUUUUUUGUUCAGCAGACCAUUAUGAUGUGAUGGCCAACACUUUCAUGUUUUUUUUUUACACUUUUGGCAGAGUUCAUCAACACUGCUGGAAACAAUGGCUUAAGAAUCAGUAAUGUUGCUAGAUGCAAACUAACCAAGAAUAUGGCUUUGUGUGAUCAGGGUUCUCAAUAGAAGGCGGCACCCGGCGAUUGAUCGCCGCUUACUUUGGGAUUUAUAGCCGCUUACUUUGUGUUUAAGUCGCUUUUCUUUGCUUUGUUUUGACACCUCUGGCUUUGCUGAAGAGCCUCCUACUUUAUCAGUGAUCACCUCCUACUUAAAAAUCUAUUGAGAACCCUGUGUGAUAUUGACGUUACAGAGGUUUCUCAUUUACCAUCUUCAAACUUGGCAAGUUUGCUUAUUAUAAGGCACUUUUUCUACCAGUGUUUGGAUGUGCCCUAACUAGUCAAAUUUGAAAGUGGAAAUUAAUGGUGAAAGGGCCCAUUGAAUGCUGAUAUAAUAUCAAUGUAUGUAAAAUUGCCCUUAUUUAAACAUUUUGAACAGUUUCUGUGGCACUCAUGUAUUUCAAUCAUUUGCCAGAAAAUCCCAGGUCGAUCAUUAUCAGUUAUGUUUAAUUAUUACAGUAGUGAAAGAAUUCUUGCGUGCUCACACAGGUUAAACUCUUGUCAAAAACAACUCAUUAAACAAACCUGAUAUUUUUCUGGCAUAAUUUGCGGUAUUGCUGUUUGUUCCACACCAGUGAUCUUACAGCAUAAAGUGACACAGCACAUUUUUUGAACGUUUUGUUUUUAUUAUGUUAUUUCAAGCUCCAUUUACCGUGCUGUCAACUCUCCCGGAUUAUCCAGGAGACUCCAUAUUUUGGACCGUAUCUCCUGGUCUCCAGAUUAUGAAAUCUCCCAACUACUUUGUGUUGUUUAAGCUAUUUUUAUGUUAACAUCAAACAUUUCCUCAUAAACUCCGGUGUACCAUUGUAAUAUAAUAAUAAUCAGGUCAAAUGUUACAUGGCCUGCAUGGAGAGAAGUGAUGACCGGAAAAGUGACAUCUGCGUUUGUAGGCUAAAUGUUACAAUGCCAGCAACAUCGCUUUCACAUGUUUUAUGUUAUUGCAAAUUCGUGACGAUUGGAGUUAAGAAGUAUUUUUUACACAAAUGACAUCAUGUGCUGUGCAUUAUAACAUCAUCUAUCAUCCCCUCCUCAUCAAUUCUCAUUACUCGAAGACGUGAUAGGUUGACAGCCCUGCAUAAAUCUUCUUACUUGUGACUGGUUGUUCAAGCUGGCCAAAAUAUUGACUAAAGACAUAAAAAAAUCAACUUUAUGCAACAACAAAGGCACUACACAUAAUAAUUGACUCUACAUUGUGAUUCAAAGUUUUGUUGACACUGGUUUGAAAAUGUUCAUGAUAGUGUAUUGAACAUAAUUAUUGGGACAAAGAAAAACGAGUGUUAAAAUAGGUUAGAAAAAGUUGUUGUUCAAAUUUUUCUUAGUUUUCUUACUAAGUAUUUAUUUUUAUUUCCUCUAAAUUUGUCUGAGAGCUGUUACGUUGAUAUGAGACAAAGAAGCAUAACAAAAAUGGAUCAAAUGAUUAAUAAUUAUAUGAAACAUACAUGUAGCAUACACUGUGCUUAUAAACUGAGUCACAAGUUUAUGUUGUUGGUCAAUUUUUUCCUCAGUUUAAAUUCCAUUUCAUUUUGUUUUGGGGUAUGCAUGGAACUUUGCACCAACAUAUUGAACUUAAAACACAACUUGAGCCUAUUUCCUCUGGAUUGUUAUGAAAAGACCUAAGAAAUGGUGCAGCAGUUUUUAAUAAUAGUGAUGAUAAGAAAGUUCUUUUUGCAGAUGGCCUUUGUCACAUAAUGGGGGUUUCAAUAGUGCACUGCAUAAAAACUAAAAACUACAGUACUGAAAAUGAAAAAAAUAUUAAAAUAGAUGAAGUAAAAAAUGUCACACUAAGCGAACUUAUUGAGAUUUAAUUUUUCUUACUUCUGUGAAUGAGAGAAUGAAAUUAAACUGGAUUUUCCUGGGGGAGGGGGAGGGGGACGAUUAGGAGCAAGCCAAAUAUGGCUGUAGCAUAGAUACUGUCUGUAAAUCAUCAUGCAAAACAUCUUAGUAACUAAGACAAAUCAGAGGACACACAGGAAGCAGUAUAUGAGAUCAAAUGCUGUGACUGCCAGGCCACUUAUAUUGGUGAUACUGGCAGAAACCUUAAAGCAUGCAACUUACUGAACACAAACAACUGAAACAGAUGACAAGAAAUUGCAAUGUCAACAAUCACAUUGCUGAACACCAUUUACAGAUGAAACAUCAAAGCGAUUGAGAGUCAGCAACAUGUAUACAUGUAAGGUAUUCUACAGACCACUAUCAACGACCAGGGGGCACCCAAUGACGAUUUCCUCUAUAUGUUGAAAGCACUUUUUAGGGUAUCCAGACUAAGAGUAGUUUUAGAUUUCUAGAAAUACAUUUUAAGCAGCACUAUAAAAUUUGUAUCUGUUCGGUCAUCUUAGGAGACUUUGAGCCUUUUCGAAAUGUCAAGGGCUUCAGUGUUAUUUUCCCGAAAAUUUUAGAUGCAAUUUGUCGCUUUACGAAAGUGGGAAUUUUUCUGAUCCCUUUCUCAAGCACAUUUUGAAUCUGAAAAUUUUAGGUUUCCUUUUUUUGCUUUUUUUUUUUAACAGAAAAACAGCAUUACUAGGGGAGUGAAAUGUGAAAAAUUAAGCUUCAGAAAAUCGUAGGGAAUUUAUUAGAUAAGUUUCGAAAAUUAUACAUGAAUGGAACGGUCAUUUGGAAAUUUGUAGCUGUCCUCAAGCAACAGAAAAUUCUAGGCAAUAUUUGCUUCUCUGGACAGAUAUUUUACAGAAAAUAGUUGUUGGGUGCCCUGCACGACUCACAUUAGAAAACUGGUUUACUUUCCUAAGAACAAAUGCCACUGAAUGACGUCAACAAUUAUUAUAGGCACCGUAUGUUGUGGCAAAUUUUUCCCUUUGUUUUCGUUUUCACCAACACUUACGUGUUAUCAUGUAUUCUUUUCAUUUUUUGUCUCACUCUGGUAUUUUGUUAAUUAUGCUCCUUUCUUGCAUGCUGCACAAUGUAUGUAAAUUUAGUUGUAUAUUAUUUAGUUAAUGUUAUCGCGCCCGUUUCUAUGCAGAGUUUUUUUACAUGUCUAUUAGUGUUCGUGUCAGUCGUCUUUUUUUUCUCGGUUCCCCUAACCACCGACCUUGUUACAUCUUCAGCAUUUGGUAAGCAGCCUCGUUUUUAUUGUUUUCACGAAUUUCAUUUUGCAGUCGCAUUUAGGUAGUUUGUUUGUAAAACGUUUAUUAUUAUUUACAGUUAGUAAAACAUUUGCUGAGAGAUCGUGAUGAUGUUGUGUUUCCUUGAAUCGGCCCAUCCCUUUUCACUGUAUAAAUGACUUAUUGACAGACUCAAGCAAAACUAACUACGAGUGAAUGACUGGACAACGGACAAUUUGACUAACAAUAAACGACUGUUUAACUGUGACAAAAGACAGGCACCAAUGACAUUAUGAUUCUUUAUAGCCAAUAACAUCACGGUUUACAGGCAGUCACGACCAAUAACAUCAUAUCUUAGUUGACCAAUCAACCAAUUGAACCAAUCUAAUCGGGUCAAAAACCAGAGUUUAAUACCAUCAACUGCGUGACACAACUCACUUUGACUCUGGAGAUGACUACCGCACAGGUUGUCGAAACGUCAGUCACUGUCAACAACAACAGUCCUAUUCAGGACUACGUUCACCCAGAUGAUCAUAUUCAACCUACUUAUGAAAUGACUCCUGGUUUCCCGGGGUACUUUAGGAAUUUUGGGUGGGAGUGUGCCGCUGGGACCCUAGAACCCUUAACCUUUACCAGAGCUAGUUGAGCUGAAUUUUGCUACCCUAUACUAGAGUAAACUGCCCAAAUCCCCCCUAUCCUAGAGUAGCUGUUUCCCUGGUCUAGAUAAAAUCUUCAACCAACUGAUCAAUUUCCUGAAAAAUUAUACCCUAUUCUAGACCCAAACGCUCUGAUUUAUAUACCCUAUCCUAGAGUAAACUGCUUGAAAACCAUACCCUUCACAGUGGCACAUACCUAUAUAGCCCAUAUAUGGCAGUGCCCCCCGGCUGGUUUCAAACCUUUCACAGUUUUAGUACAGCAUAUUGGCACUUGUACAUGCGUGGUUAAUAUCCUGCAUGUCCACCCAACGGAGGAUCACUGGAAAAUCUAAAGUUGGAAGGGAAGGGGGUUGGUCGUAAAUGCCAAAAUUUUUGAGGAAAGUGUGAACCACCUACACUGAAAUUAAUUAAUUUUUGAGAGGUGUGGUGAGCUAAAACCAAACACCCUUUUCCCCUAGUAUUGACUUUCUAUUCAUUUUUGUCUUGCAGAUGUCACCACUGGAGGGCUUGCAUCUCAAACAACCAUUCUUCCUAUUACUUGGAUUACUUCUUUUCAGCAUCCGACUGGAGAACAACAUGGGUUGCACACAAUUCCACAGUAAUCCGUGCAACUGUUAAUGGCACUUCAGAGUCUUUUAAAAGAAUGAAUGGAUCAAUAGUACCUUUAAACAAAACACACAAUUUCUAUCGUGUUUAUGAUUUUUUUGAUUUUCGUCCUGGCCCUCCAGAUGCGUCCAAUUUUCAGCUUCCUGCGGGGCUGUAUUGUGCUGGUCUUAAGGGCUUGAACAAAACUGUCCCUCUAGUACCUGGAGUUUUCAGCUUGGACUUUGAAGCCAUUUGGAGUAGGGCUAACAACAGUGUGUCUAACUGGCAGGUAACUACUGGUACAUUACAAUAUUAUUAACAGUACAACUAACUGUAACAGAAAAAAUUGCAGUAGGAAUUUCCAUGCAUUCAGAUGAAAGUACAGUUAUUGGACAGGUCAGUAGCCAAGGCCAAGGCUGCUGUCACAAAGAUUUUAGGUUGCUGCAAGCAUGUAUGUAAUUAGUAGGCGGGUAAUUGAACAGCUGGGACAUUUUUGAGUUUUAUUGUCCUUUUGUUUCCCAUGAAAGUACCUGCAGUCAUGCUCUUAUUAGCAAGAGGAAAUCCCCAGCCUGCAGCCCUUAGUGAGAGCCCUGUUUGCUGUUUUAUCAUUAAUGUUUAAUUUGCUGAAUGCAAUGGGUGAACUGCUUAUUUGAAAAAUUUUUAUGGCUGAUGUUAAACAAGUGAACAGUUGGAGGGAAAUUUCAAAUAGCUGGCAGUUAACAGGUGAAUUACUUUAGAAUAAUUACUUUCAAUUGGGUGGAAGUGAACCGGCAAACAACUUGAGAAAAAAAUUGUUUCAAGUGGCUUGCGGUGAACUGCUUAUUAUAAGGCUUGAUCAGGGCUGCCAUUAAAAUAAGUUGCCAUUAAGUUGCCAGGUAAACGAUACAAGUAGCCAGGGAAUCAAACAGCUAGGGAUAUUAUUUGGAACUAUUUUAAUUUCUUCUAUUCUCCUACUAAAGUAGGCAGGAGUCACAUUCACACUAGCCGGGGAAAAUCCUGGCCCUUAAUGACAGCUUUCCGUGCUAGCAGAGGUCUCUCAUGACAAGACAAAAAUGAGGGGAAGGAUAGAGAGAGUUUCUCUCCUUCCUUUCAUUUUUGCCUCAUCAUGAGAGACCUCUGCUAGCAGGGAAAUGACAGCACUGCAUGACCUGCGUGAUACACAAACAGUUGUCAAGUGCCUCAUGUCAGUUGUAAAUUGUAUUAUUACUGAACAGCGCUAAGUAGUGUUCAAAGUCUAAUUCUCAACACAGAAAAUUUAAUUAUACGAAUGUAAAUUCCAUUAAUCAAUUAAUACUGCAAGGAGUUCUAAUGAAACAAAGCCUUAAGGCUUAUUAUCACAUGUGACAUGAUCGACUUUUGUUUCUUCUGCAGACGCAAAGAAAUUUGGGCAGGGAAUCUAACAGAUUGUCUUCCGUACUUUAUUUGACAGGAAAUUUAUGACUUAGAGAAAAAGCUUACUUUGCUUAAACAUUCAAAUUACCGGAACCCUAGUGGAGGCCCCGUGAUGUUGAUUCAUGACUUCAACACAGGCAUUGGUUAUAACAUCUCUAGUGGCCAUCUUGGUGCAGAUGUCUGCAGACCUUUCAACUUAACUCUUACAGAAUGGGAUGCAAGUGAAGAUGAAAAUCAUCACAUUCGCAUGAAGACGACACAUGAACUGUUCAAUACGCCAAAAACAAAUGGUUCAUCUGCAUUAGUGUACAAAGGAACUGCUUCAGUUCGUGGCAUAAGUGCUGAUAUCUGGGUUGGUAAGGGAGUGAGGAAGAGCAGAAGACAAAAUAGAACUAUUGAGGUACUACAGGGCUUUGAAGUACAAUAAAAUACACUUUAUUUGAGCGUCAAUGUAUUAAGCACUAAAACACUAAUUGAGGAGACUGUUUUCACAUCUCCUGCUGGAAAUAGGACUGCCAUUUUAUGUGGUCAGCUCUCUCCUCCGCAUAGGCUCCCGCUGGGUAUCCUUAUAAAAAUAGCAAUAAUCGAAAAUAGUAAGAGCGCGGGGGACAAUGGGAAGAAGGAAAAGGCAGGAGCUCUCUUUUUCUCUCUCCCCGGUCUCCCCACAACACAAAGAGACCCCUGCGGAGGAGACAGCACGGUCAUCCUUGGAAGCCAUGCAGAGUUGUAGCUGUUUACAUGGCAACUUAGGUGAUACCUUAAUUUCUGAGUCAAUCCCUGAGCAUUAGUUGGACCUUGGGAACCGAACCCAUGAUCUCCCACCCUGCAGUAAAGCACUCUAGCUACCAACUGAGCCACACCUGCUUUAAUUGUGUACUUACUGUAAUUGUAGCUUUUCAUUAGUGGAGCUCUCGUGCACGCAAAGAGUGUGCAGCAGAGCAUCAUGGGUAAGAAAAUUUGAUUAUCUAUGCAUCCAAGAAAUUUUGGUAAUCAUGUGACUGUCCGCGUGCCUGUCCGCAUCAUAGGCAUACCAUUUUAAAUAACUCAAUCAACAGGUAAUGCAACUAAGUUAGGGGUUUUUUGGCCAUACAGACUUUUUAGAAACAAAAACAACAACAAAGUCAAGUCCGACUAAAAACUCUAUACAGAAAUGGACAACAGAGAAACAGCCAAAGCGUUAGAUUAAAAAACAAAUGAGACUAGCGGCCAGCAAGGUGAAAAUGAGCAGCAGUAAACAAAAAGCGAAUAGGAACACAAGCAACAAAACUUUUGGUGAGCACAUGUAUACGACAUUUUCUACAUAAGAUGUAUAACUAUGAAGUUUCACGAUGUAGCCGUACAAAACAACGUCAAAGAAAUGUACAAGAAAGUGUGCUGCACAGUCAUGCAAAGUUGUUUUUUUGAUCAAUUAGACGUAUUGAUUUUUUUGCCAAUCUCAUUGCCGUUACCGGUUAACAUUACACAAUUUUAUUUUUUUUUGUUUGAGUUAUAUAAAUUAAUUAAGAGUACAUUAUCGAGAGCUUUGCUUUUAGCCCUAGCUAAAUCUUUAUAUUGUGUUUUCCUGACAGUCUGUUAUGGAGGUCUACUUCUCAAAACCAAACUGGCGUUUCCUUUCUGGAACACAAAACAACCAGCAUCAAGUUCCUGUAAGGUUUGAUUGGUACUUUCCAAGGGGUCAUAGUGAGAUAAAUGUCUUCAACUUUGAUGCUGAGGCUGCUGCCCUGACCCAGUUUGAUAUCAAGCCCUGCUUCACUUUUGAACAGCAACGCCUUGUUCACUUCAGUUUAGCUGGUAAAGAUUUAAAAUUUGGAAGUUUUGUUGUAGAAGAUAAAUAUGCUUGUCUUUUUGCUUUUAGGUGCAUUCACACUUGUUUACCGCAAUAUUGGGGCUUGAUGCAUAGUAGAGUGCCACGUCUUAUUUACAAGUAGUGUAAGGCUACUUAAAACAGUGAUUGCAUGCAAGCAAGCCGUAUACUUUAUAUCAUUGUGCAAGAUACAUGUACUAAUUAAUACCCCUGCCCCAUAGGUCAUCCAAUAAUGUUGAAAAUUUUUAAAAGUGCCUAUUGACACCCUGUGUAAUUCACACAUUGAUGUCAUUGCAACCCCUUUCACGGUGCUUUGACUGGAAGCCAUGUGUAUUAUAAUACUCCCUUACAUUUAAUUCUUUAACCAUGACCAGCAUAUCUUGCCUGCGUGCAGACGUCGCCUAUUUCCUUUGUUGCAUGCGGAAAAGGGACGUCCGCAUGCAACAAAGGAAAUAGGAGACGACUGCACGCAGGCAACAGCAUCUCAUAUCUUCCUUAUAGCAUAAUGAUCAAGAAUAUUUAAGUACAUUUAUUAUGUAACCUCUUGACUUUAACCCUUCCCAAUAUCCCAGAAAGUUCCCUUGGUGAAGAAAAUUGUUUUGAAAGGUCCAAGCGCUUUCCCUUUAGGAUCACUUUAUCUAUUCUAAUAACUUUUCCUCUUGAGUAUGUAUUGAUUUCGUUAAGAGAAAAUAGAUGUUGGUCACUCACUCAUGGGGGUUGUUUAAGCAAAUUCUCCUCAUCAGUACUAUUAGAAAUGUUUAGAGGAUGGUAUUUAGAAUACAUUAUACAUUAUACAGUCAAACCUCUUUAAUACGGACACCAAAGGGACAGUACCAACUGUCUGCUUUACGGAGGUAUCCGUAUUAUAGAGGUAGGGAAUGUAUGAUUUUUGGCAUUUUUCUGGGACCAAACGAACUGUUUGUAAUAGGGAGGUACAGUAUCUGUACGGAGAGGUUAGACUGUAUGUACACUUUAUUGAGCAUCCCUAAAAAGGGCCUUUCAGCAUCAAUAUUUAAAAUAAAUUGAAUAAAUUAAAUGGAUGAAUAACUUAUUUAUUUAUUUAAUUAACUUGAAAAACCGUGUACAACGUUAACUAAAUAGUAACUUUGUACAAAAUUCAACAUCUAACCUGGUUCAUGUUACAAAUCAGUUCAUUAACCCUUUAAGCCCCAAUAUCCACAAACAAAUUCUCCAAACUGAUCUCUAUACAUUUCCUUACAGAAUCAGCUGGGAGAAAUUGAUAAAAGAUCAGAGAUUUUUCUCUUUAUGAUCAUUUGAUUAAAUCUCAUAGAUGUUGCACUUGACAAUCUAUGGAUAUUGUUAGGAGAAAAUUGAUGUUGGUCACUAUUGGGACUUAAAGGGUUAAAUAAGAUGUCGCUUAAAAACUUUAGUAUUUAUGAUUUCCUUUAAGCCUUUACUUAAAUUGUUCCAUAUUUUCACACCACGGUAAUAAAAAGCACGUUGGCCAGCAUUAAUUCUACAAGAUGGAAUAUUGAGACUAUCUCUAUACCUUGUCUGUCUAUCAUGGACAAUGGCUCGCGUUGAAAAUUUAUCUGAUAAGUAGCAAGGUGACAGACCUUUGAGACAUUCAUGCAUCAUAAUUGCGUCAUUGACCACAAGAAUGAGGUUGUUGUUAUCAUUGCUUAAAAGGUAAAAACAACAUUGCAAUCAGUAAAGCUACAUUGUAUUUCGCUGAUGUAGUUAUGAUCAAAUUAUAUUAUCAGGAAACUAUGACAAGUACAGCGGUUCAAACAAGUUCAAACUUGAUGUGACCAAGGCCAUUAGUGCUGCAGCCAAUGUCUCAAUCAUCAGGGUGAAUGGAAUCCGGGUAAGGACUACUUUAUGACAGAUCAGCAUCACAUCUAUUUUGUUAAUAUUAAUGUGAACAUGAAAGGUCAAACAUGAUCAUUGUUGCUCACUGAGAAUAAAUUAUCACUGUGAAAAAGCUCUUCUGUUCCUGGUUCAUAUAAAAAAUGUGGACUUGGAUGCGCUUGUGGCAAAUAAUGGAUUUGAUCUUAAAUAAAGGCUGCAUUUGAUCUGAAAUGAGGGCUUGCUUAUCCUUUGGGGUGCUUCUAAGUGGAGAGAAUGUUGUCUAACCUUAUCUGUUUAUUGUUAUUAUUAUUACUAUUAUUUAGGUGUUGGAAGGAAGAAAAGAUAAAAAAGCAGACAUUGAUGUAGCAUUUAUAUUGCUAGACAAGCCCAAUGCAAUUGGAGCUGAUGUAGUGGUCUAUUCUGAGAAAGGACUUCUAGAGGCUUUGGAUGCUUUGAAGAAUUCCGUAGCGUCUGGGAACUUCAAAGUGGCAACAAUGAAUGGUUAGUGAAUAUUGAACAAACAGCCAAGAGGAGCCUCUUUUAGAGGAGAGUUUAGUUUUAACAGACAACUUACUCUUCUUUCGGUCUUCUUGAUAAAUCUCUGUUGAAUUAAGUGGCCACGUAAAAUGAUCAUUCCUGUUAGCAGCAUGCUCCAGUUAAGUAACAUUUUUACUGCUUCAUCAGGGUGUUCGCCCUCAAGAGCUUCGCUGAUUUUUAUUGAAAUCCAUUCAGCUGGUUCACUAACCUAGAGCAAACGCCACUGAAUCGCAGUCAACAAUUACCAGCACCGUACAAACGACUUAGUGACGGACUCAAGCAAAACUGAGCACGGGAGAAUGACUGGACAAUCCAUAAUUUGACUAACAAUAAACGAUUGUUAAACUGUGACGAAACACGGAUCGAGACGCACCAAUGGCAUUUACCGUCUUCAUAGCCAAUAACAUCACGGCUUAACUGACAGACGACCAAUAACAACAGAACUUAAUUGACCAAUCAAGUCAAUAACCAGAGUUAAAUUCGAUCAACUGACGUGAUACAACUCACUCUGACUCUGAAAAUGACUACUGCACAGGUUGUUGAAACGUCACUGAUCACUGUCAGCAACAACAGUCCUAUCCAGGACUACUCUCACCUCUAUCAUCAUGCUCAACCUACUUAUGAUAAUAGUAAUGAUAAUGGUGUGUUAUGAUGGUGAUUAAACUGAUAAUUUACCUAUCUUGUCCAGUGUAUUGCGUGCUCGCUAGUCUUGAGUUACAAGUCACAAGCUUGAUUGUUAUUAUAAACUGACAGUUCUUUGUUCUCAACAGAAACACUACCUGCUUACAAGGAUUCCUUCUUUGUUGGUUUUGCUCCCAGUCCCCCGUCGCCCGCUCCUGUCACACCCUCUGGUAAACCAAGUCCAGGAAAAGAAAGCAAUAAGAAUUCUGGUGUAUCGAAAGGUGCGACAGCAGGGAUUGCGAUUGUUAUGUUAGUGGUGGGCAUUGCAGGAGGCUUGGUCAUCGCACACUUUAUUAUGAAACGCCGAGGAAGCGGUUUGUUCGCAUAUCAAAGGCAUGAGUAGGAGGACACGGAAUGCACAAAAAAUCAUAAACUCAUACAGCUCCUAAAUACAUAUAGCAUUAGUCGUAGUGUUUGUGUUAUUCCAAUGUUAGUCGUAGGGCUAGGACUGUUUUCAUUGGAGUGUCAUUAAUUAAAUUAAAACCAAUCUUAUUAGUGUAGUAACAUAAACAAGUUAAAAAAUCAGAACCCAAUGUUAAGACAUGAGGCCGACUCCAAGCGGUAGAAACCGCCUUGGGGCCGGCAAUAACAGGAGGAAGCUACUAGAAACGCUAGUUCAGUUUCUAUCCUCUCUCGUUAUUUUUGCACGUGGACAAUGCAUUUGGCGAGUAGCUUGCCAAUUAUUUAUCGACAUUUAAAAUGUAUCUCGUCAGGUAUUUAAUCAAUCAUUGCCAUUGCCAACCAGCACAUAGAGACCCUAUUUAACAUGAUAUAAGUAACUCUCUAAAGCGCACAAACUUGGUUUGAACUGUUGGCGGUUCCUGAGAUGAUGUCAGCCAGAGGUUU